AGAGAGUGUGUGUGUAAACUCUCAGAGAAUCCGCUGAGCGCAAGCCAAUAUAUUGAACUGAUUUUUCAGCAUUCAACUAUUUUCCCCUAUCGCCGUCGAUACCCGCCGUCUCUAGUAUUGUUUUCUUCCGCUUACACCGGUUAUUAUCAUGUGUUUAUGAAAAUCAAAGUUUUAUUUAUCUUGUAUAUCUUGCGUUAAUCAGAAAAGUGGAUAGUUAAGUAGCGGAUGCGAAUAACUGACUGAGCACCUCACUCACACUUCACACAUACAGACACACACACAGACAGUCACGACACGACUAUGUCGUCUUCUCAGAGUAACACAAGGACCAGAUCAAGUAGUUCUGUCAUCUUAAGUGACGAACCGAGCCCUGGUGUUGGUAUUACUGACAGUAUAUCAUCCGAGGUUGACGUAUGGACCAGCUCACAUCGUUCUUUCGGAGUCCUGGAACUGAAAAAUGAAUCUGAAAAGAUGAAUGAUUCUCUUCAAGAUGGCAUCCUAGCUGAGUUCUCUAUAACUCCCCGACAACAAGAUAGUCUGCAGUGCUGUCAUUUCCAGGGAUGCUUCCAGAAACUUGUUUUUUCAAUAUUUGCUUGCAUCAUUGGAUCAUCAUUCCAGUAUGGCUACCAUAUAGGAGUACUGAACUUGCCAGAAAAAGUAUUGUUAGAAUUUUACAAUGAUACACUACACUCCCGUGAAAAACAGUAUCUGUCUGGCAAUUUGAAACCAUUUCUCUGGGGUUUAACUGUAUCAAUAUACUGCAUCGGAGGAAUGAUUGGUGGUUAUAUUGCCUCUUAUUUUAUCAAGAACUUUGGAAGGAAGACCACCCUCCUAUGGAAUAAUUUACCAACAAUUUUUGCUCUGACGCUCAUGUGUUUCUCAAAAUUGGCUCAUUCCUUUGAAAUGAUUAUUAUUGGCAGAUUUAUAAUUGGAAUCAGUGCGGGAAUCAGCACUAGUGUUGCUCCAAUGUAUCUGAAUGAGAUUGCUCCAGUCCACCUACGAGGUUUCAUCUCCACAAUCAAUCAGAGUGCCAUUUUGUUAGGGAUUAUCAUGGCACAGAUAGUGGGUCUGCAUAGUGUUUGGGGCAAGGAGGAGAUAUGGCCUCUCAUUUUUGGUCUGUCAGUGUUUCCUCUUAUUAUUCAGAUGCUUACACUACCUUGGUGUCCUGAAAGUCCUGCUUAUCUCAUAAAUCAUGAUGAAGAUGAAGCCGAAGCAGCCUUGGUUUGGUUACGAGGAACCCAUGAUGUUGGCUAUGAAUUGGAGGAACUGAGGACUACAAAAGAAGAAGCGCGAAACAAACCACAAGUAACCUACAUUGAUCUGUUUCGAAUAUCUUACCUCCGGAAACCUCUUAUCAUUUGUGUCAUGAUGAUGUUAUCACAACAACUCUCUGGUAUCAAUGCUGUUGUUUUCUAUUCCACCAGAAUAUUCCAGUCAGUGAAUUUAUCUGCGAAAGUGGCACAGAUUGCCUCCAUUUUGACUAUGGUGCUCAAUCUGAUGAUUAAUUUUGUCUCAGCUUUCCUUGUUGAUCGCCUUGGUCGAAAAAUCCUCCAUCUAGCUGGACUGUCGGGCAUGUUCUUUGCCUCUAUUUUCAUUGUGGUUGCUAGUGUUUUCAGGGAGAAGUACAGCUGGAUGUCCUACCUCACCGUUGCCUGUGUUUGUUUUUAUAUCAUAUUCUUUGCUAUUGGACCAGGUAGCAUACCAUGGUUCAUUGGAGCAGAACUCUUUCUAACUGGAGCUCGGGAAUAUGCUAUGAGUUUAGCUGUCGUUGCCAACUGGCUUGCUAACUUUGCUGUUGGCAUUUGUUUCCCAUUUAUGGACGUAUACCUCAACAGUUACAGCUUCCUCAUUUUCACUGGUUUGCUACUGCUCUUCAUAGUUUACACCUUUCUCAAAGUGCCAGAAACAAAAGGACGCAAAAUCGAAGACAUAGUAGCUGACUUCCAAUCAGAAAACAUACAGGAGCGUGUGUUAAUAUAGAUCCAGAUACACACACACACACACACCAGUCCACACACACACACACACACAAUCUACCAACCCUUGAACAGAAGACACCCAGGAACGUGUGUUAAUAAAAAUAUGCACAUGCUCUGCUACACCUUCAGCGGAGGAUCUCAAUUAGUGUCUGCUAACAUACACCCUUGCCAUGAACAGUGUUAUAUAUAUUUUUGAAUUUUCUUUGCCAGUAAAACAACAAAAAAAAAACAACAGCUAGUACAAACACACAACACAUAUAUAACCAAAAUGAUAUAUAUAUAUGAACAUAACACAUACACACAGAGUUUUUCAUCCUGUCAAAGAGAUCAAUUUAAAACUGUACACAUUUUCAUUUAUAUAUUUUUCGGUGUGUGAGAGUAUAUAUUUGCAUGUUUGUGAAGUCUGCUAGAACAUACCUCAACAAUUUAGUUGUAACGAGAUUCAGAACAUGGGAAUAAUUGAGGGUUCUUUUAAACAACAGUUCUUUACCGAUAACUCUGUGAUCAGGAUUCUUUAGAGAAAGAUUCUUCAGACAAGAAUGCCAUGAGGUGGAAGCUAUGAUGAGAAAAAAACAAAAUUAAUAAUGAAAUUUCUGUGAUGAGGAAGGAUGCUGUGAAACUGAUUCUGCGACGACAAUUACAUCAGCCAAUGUCCGUAGCCUGAUAGUAACACCAUCUUUAGGUACUCAAGUGAUAAAAUGGGGUUUAUAUAUCCUUGUCUAUGUGAGUGUGUAUGUAUCUAUGUGUAUAUAUAUAUAUAUAAGAGAGAGAAUAACGCAGGUAAAUAAAACUGCUUGUUUAUUUGCAUAAUUAUCUCCAUAUCUGCUCACCUGGAUUCCUCUUAUAGCCACUCUUUACCCCGUGGAAUUAGCCCUCGAUAAAGAUUUUGGAGUGUGAGUUCACAUUAUCUGAGUGCUACUGAGUGUUUUCUGUAUUGAGCAUCUUUGGGUCUUAUCUAUUGAUUCUGUGUGUGUGUGUGUUUGUGAGUGUAUGUGUGCAUGUGUGUGUAUAUAUAUGUAUAUAUAUUUAUAUAUAUAUGUAUAUUUAUAUAUAUAUAUAUGCAUAUUUAUAUAUACAUAUAUUAUAUAUAUGUAUGUAUAUAUGUAUGUUUAUAUAUAUACAUACAUGUAUAUUUAUGUUUAUAUAUA